GCACCGGAAGUGUCACAUCACCCUUUAAAGUGCCAACAACAGUUCUUCGAGUGCUGUCUGGCCUUACGAUAGUCAUUUAGGGCCAAAUUUAGUUAAUAUUCAGUUUAUAAGUUAAAUUAAUAUUUAUAUAAUAAAUAGUGUAAAUAGGAAGUCUAGUUGGAUUCCAUACACAAAGAUGUUUAUUUGGGACUGGUUUACGGGGGUCUUAGGAUAUUUAGGCUUGUGGAAGAAGUCCGGUAAGCUGCUCUUCCUAGGGCUGGAUAAUGCUGGAAAAACUACUCUGCUUCACAUGCUCAAGGAUGAUAGGCUCGCACAGCACGUACCUACAUUACAUCCCACAUCUGAAGAACUGUCUAUAGGAAACAUGAGAUUCACAACAUUCGAUUUGGGAGGCCACACACAAGCCAGGAGAGUCUGGAAGGAUUAUUUCCCAGCGGUGGACGCUAUUGUGUUUUUGGUUGAUGCUUAUGAUCGUGCCAGAUUCGUGGAGAGUAAAAACGAGUUGGAUUCCUUGCUCACAGAUGAGACCCUUUCCAACUGUCCGGUUUUAAUUCUCGGUAACAAAAUUGAUAUGCCCGGUGCAGCUUCCGAGGAUGAACUCCGGAAUUUCUAUUCCCUCUUCGGAGUCACCACUGGAAAGGGUAAAGUUUCGAGGUCGGAUUUGCCUGGCCGUCCAUUAGAAUUGUUUAUGUGUUCCGUACUUAAAAGGCAAGGGUAUGGUGAGGGUUUCCGUUGGCUUGCACAGUACAUUGACUGAAUACUCUUUGAUUAAAGAUAAGGCCAGACGUAAAUAAUAGGACGUUAUACAAAAAAAAAUAUCUGUGGUGUUGUGCAUUCUAACUGUGUUACCAUAAAACCUUAUUGGUAAUUUACGAGCUAAAAAAUAUAAUGAAAACAAUUUGUUGAGAUCUGUGCUAAACAUCACACGCAUUCAUCUCAUCGGAUUGUUUUCUGGUUUCUCUUAGGAGGAGGAGGUACACAGAUAUAUUAUGCUUCUUGUUUAUCUUUUUUAUAACAAUAAAAAGAAAACCCUUAAAGAUG